GGCCCGGUUGGGAUGGACACGCUCGCCGUGCUGCCCCUGCCUGUCUGACACUGACGCCGGAGAGGACUCAGGGGAGAGAGAGAGAGAGAGCGGGGAUGCCGGAACUUCCGGAGGUGGAGGCGGCGCGGAGGGCGCUGGAGGCGCACUGCGUGGGCCGCCGCAUCACGCGCUGCGCCGUCGCGGACGACUCCAAGGUCGUCGUCGCCGCCGCCGGGCGCGUGGCCUUCGAGCGCGCUAUGGUGGGCAGGACCAUCGUGGCCGCGCGCCGGAGGGGCAAGAACCUCUGGCUCCGCCUCGACGCCCCGCCCUUCCCCUCCUUCCAGUUCGGAAUGGCAGGUGCGAUCUACAUAAAGGGCGUUGCCGUCACAAAGUACAAGAGAUCAGCUGUCAACUCUGAGGACGAGUGGCCCUCCAAGUACUCCAAAUUCUUCGUCGAGCUUGAUGAUGGCUUGGAGUUUUCCUUCACUGAUAAGAGGCGCUUUGCAAGAGUUCGGUUAUUUGAUGAUCCUGAAACUGUACCUCCAAUUUCUGAGUUAGGUCCAGAUGCGCUCUUUGAGCCGAUGUCUGUUGAUAAUUUUGUGGACUCACUGAGCAGGAAGAAGAUUGGAAUAAAAGCUCUUUUACUUGAUCAGAGCUUCAUAUCAGGCAUUGGUAAUUGGAUUGCAGAUGAGGUGCUUUACCAGUCGAAAAUCCAUCCAUUGCAGAUUGCUUCUAGCCUAACAAGGGAGAGUUGUGAAGCGCUACAUCAAAGCAUCCAAGAAGUUGUGAAAUAUGCUGUCGAUGUUGAUGCUGAUUGUGAUCGCUUUCCUGUGGAAUGGUUGUUUCAUCACCGCUGGGGCAAGAAGCCUGGUAAAGUCGAUGGAAAGAAAAUUGAAUUCAUAACAGCUGGUGGCAGGACUACAGCCUAUGUGCCACAACUGCAGAAGCUGACUGGGACCCAAUCUAACAAAAAAGUAGUGUCUAGCCCAGGGCAAGUGAGCGAGGAUGGUGAUGCCAAGGAAGCAGGGACAGAAGUAGAAGUGGAAGCUGAUGAUGAUUUGAAGCCAAGAAAGAGAGUGGCAACAUUCAAGGCUGCCAAGGGAGAGCAAAACAAGGAUGUCAUAAGUGCCCCUUCCAAAAUAAGAAGGAAAAUUGCUGGCGGCAAGAAAAAACAAAGCAUUGAACAUGGCAGCAAAGAUGAUGUCAAGACUACAGGACCAAACAAAGCUGGUGCUGGUAGCAACGAUGAGCAUGGUUUGGACGAACCUGCUGCUAAGAUGCGCAAGGUAUCAGGCCGAGGUACAAGAAAUUCGUCCAAGAAUAAACCGAAGACUACCAAAUAAUUAAUCUGGAAGAAGAUAAAAGAAAUUCAGCGUAUGUUGGUUACACGUUGUCUAACGUUAAUUUAGUGUAGAGUAUGUUGGUUAUGUGUUUUAUACUACAUUCCAGUGAUUAUGAAACCAUUUGAAAUUA